AUGCUGUACUUAACAGAAUCAACUCAAGACAUUUUGCCACCCACCUGCAAGCAGGCGGUCCUGCUCAUCCACCAGAUUUUAGAAUACUUAAUUGUUCAGCUUCGGAAUGGAAAGGAAGAACCACUAGAAGAAUUUUCUACACAUAAAGGGACACUUGUGGUUUCUCUAGACAUAGAAGAUUCUGUCCAACAUGUGGGUCAGUCCUGUUGUGCAACUGUUAUUUCAGCAAAGGGUGAUUUCUACCGUACAGUUCUCAGUGAUCAGAUACAGAGAGAAAUCAAGACCUUGCUCCCUGAGCUGCCUUUACACGAGAGCCUAUGUGGAAGAGGGUGCCCUCAUGAAUUGCUGCAUGUGACACCAUUUCAGUUCUCCUUUGAGUUCUAUGAGAAAUCUGGAGUUCUCAAGGAGGACUGUUUAGCCCUGAAACAGUUUGUUCACAGGAUGAGCCUUGUGCAUGCAAUGAUCAAAUUUCAUUACUGUGUAAAAGUGAACGGCUUUGUGUCUGCAGAGACUUAUAGCACAGAAAUCAGAGACAGCAAAUGUUUGCCAGAUGGGACAAGACUGCUCAUUGAUCAGAGUCAUUUUGUACGGCCAGUAUGCACGGAAACUGAGAGGUCUUGUAGCAAAAUACACCCCAUGAGUGGUGAGCCGGUGGGUCUCUUUAUUCCGAGCGAGGUAGCCGAAAGAGGUUUCAGUGGAGAUGUGAGGCUCAUGCCUGUUGUGUCUCUGUGUCCCUGCCAGAAACAAUUCCCUAACCAACCAGUGAGGAUAACUGCUCUCUCCUGCAAAACAUAUAUAUUUCUUUAUGACCCAGCAGGCCUGCCUGUGCCUCUCCGCACAACAGAAGCAUCACAUUCUUUUUUUGAAGAUCCUUCAUGUUUAGCGGCAUGGGAGAGAUAUGGUUACCAAGCAAUAUUGAAUUCAGAUCCAUACUGGGAAGAAGAUACAGCAAGACCUGAUGUCAGAUACGAGCUUCACACUAGUCACAAUCAGGGCCCAGAAUGUGAAGAGCAGAGGCUGCUGCUCUUCCUCUUUCUCAGUUAUUCUGAUCCGUUUCAGGACAAGCCAGUCUAUAAUUUCUGGGAUCGACAAGUUAUCCUAUCUCAUCUCUACCCUAUUCUCAUGUUCAGUGAGCAAGCUGUGAGGGGUACCAUCCAAGGAGUACUCAAUAGGGUCUUGGAGCAGCACCACAAAGUUGCUCAGGAACAGCAGAAACUGACCAGCUCUUUGUCCAUCAUGAUAGAAGCCAUUUCCACUAUUGUUUCAACCAGCACUGACAGUGAGUUCCGAAGGAGGUGCCUCCAGCAUUUACAGGUUGCGGAUACCCAGCAGUUUGUGGCAAUAGCUAAGAAGACCUUCAACAAAGUCAGUCUACAACGACGGAGGCCCAGCAGCACAUGUGACUCCAGCAAGCCAUUGCCUAACAACGAUGGAGCAGAGCAGCAGACCACAGACUGUGCUUUACCUUUUGUCGAUCAGCAUUCAAGCACUUGUGUUAGUUCUGGUGCUUCAGAACAAGGGGAAAGCUGUAAAGGAGAAGGACUUUUGCCUGACAGAUUGGACUUUGAAGAAAUGAACCAAAUGAAGAGGAGGAGGCCAACAUGGGAAGAGCUUUCUUGGGAAGAUCUCAGAGGCUCAAACACUUCUAGGAAAGUGGCCACCAGUGGAAAGAACACUGGCCUAUUAGCAGAACCAGGCACCACUUUGAACUCUUCCUGUUCACAUCCUACAAAAGCUAGGCCGGAUGUUUUCCCAAGCAAAAGCAAAGGAGGCACCUCAGCUCUGUCAGCUGACAGAGAUGAGUACCUGUGUCAGAAUGAAGAUGUUUGGAACCAGGAAGUCUCAAAUUUGUCUGAUUGGACAUCCUGAAAACAGUCCCCAUAUGAACGUGGCAUUAGAAUAUUGUGUGUUUUGGAAUGUAAACAAUAAAAAUUGGA